UAAUGAAAGCAAUAUUACUUAUCGCUUUAAUUUUUUGUUUUGCAAAUUGCAGUCUUGAAACUAUUGGAUUAAGACAUAAAUUGUCUUAAAUUAUUCAAGAACAUUAAUCAAGUUUAUAAGAAAAAUAAAUGUCAGGUGGAUGGAUUAAAGUAUUAUUUGUUUAAAAAUUUAAGUAACCAUUAGAUGAAUUUGAACAAUAAAACAAUAACAUAAUCAAAUCUACUUAAGAUGCAAUUGAAGAUAAAUUUAAUUUAUCAAAAGAUGGAUAUUAAUAUGAAAAGUUACUUCAAGUGACUUCUCAAGUUGUGGCAGGAAUUAACUAUAAAGUUCUUGUUUAAUAUGAAAAAGAAGAUGCUAAAAGAAUUUUUGAAGUUCAAUAAUUUGUUGUGUAAUAAUAUCUUUUUAAAUAAAAUAGUCCCUGGAACCCAUCAGCUAAUUCAAUUACAAAAGUAGAAGAAAUUAUAUCAUAAAACUAAUGAA